CCAGAGCCAAAGAGCCAGUCCUCUCAGAGGCACCACGAGGGUAAGAUGACGUUCCCCCCCAACGACCAGUAUUACCCCCAACGCAGCGACAGCCAGUCCCAGGCCAGGUACCCCCAACGCAGCGACAGCCAGUCCCAGGCCAGGUACCCCCAACGCAGCGACAGCCAGUCCCAGGGCAGGUACCCCCAACGCAGCGACAGCCAGUCCCAGGGCAGGUACCCCCAACGCAGCGAUAGCCGCAACGACAGGUCAGACAAUAGGAAUGACUCAUCCAGGAAUGACACAUCACGCAAGGAGAGAAAUGAGAGAGCAGACUUCAGGAAGGAGAGGAACGGCGGACCACCACGCUUCCAGAGGGAUAGUGAAAAGGAUUUCCCUAAACCUGGCCACGACCCCUCCACCACCCCAUCCAGCCCUUCCCCAGCUCCGGCUCCAGCAGGGGGCCAGGAGAGAGCCCAGGACAGAGGCCAGGAAAGGGGCCAGACACAGGAGAAGGCCCCUCCUGGAGGUGGAGGAGGGUCAGAGAGGUGGAGAGAGGCCCAGAAUGAGAGACAAGCAGCCAGGGAGGCCAGAGGACAGACAUCAGUGUUCUGCCCUGCUACGUACCCCGCCCCUGGCCAGAGGAACAGAGAACCCAGAGACAGAACCCAGGGGGAUCCUUCUGGAUCUGGAACAUUCCAGCAGGGAAUCAGAGUAGGUUCUAGUUCUGGGUCCGGAGGGUUCCAGAACCAAAGUCGGAGAGAGCAGCACUCGGUACCUGAUCUGUCGUUUAAUAAGAGAGGAGAAGGAGGAGGAGGAGGAGGAGGAGGAGGGGUGAAGCAGGACAACGGACCAGCACCAGCUGCCUCUAAACCAGGCCAGCACCAGACAGAGUCCAGUUCUAACACUGUAUCAGAACAUAAAGGGAUCCACAGAUCUGACAGCAGAGCUGAGCCCAACUGCAGAAGGAGAGGAGGGGGGAAGUUCCACAGGGAAAGGCCCAACUCUGACAACUUUGACCGUUACCGGGACAACGGACCUUUGAACUCUUCGAACUCGUGGGUUGGGCAAGAGAAGGACUCUAGCGCUGGGGCGCAGGACGGGGUCGUGUCCCGUGGUGAGUCUCGUCCAGUGAAAGGCCAAGUGGGCGGCGGACCGGGCUCAGGGCCACACCUCCAGAACGGUGACUCGUCAACGGAACACAGGACAGGGCCAAUCAAACAACAGAACUCCUCCUCUGGUCCUGCCCCCACGGGGAGGGAGGAGCCACAUAACUGGAACAGCACUAACCCUGCCCAUAACAACUCCAACACCGCCCCCAAGAAGAGGUCAGGGCAGAUCAAAGGGCAGAGGUCAGACCAGGGUCAGGUUGGGUCCAUGGAGCCUGCAGUGUGUCAAGGCCCGGGGAACUGGAAACCAGGAGACCAGGUUUUAGCUCUCUACUGGGAAGAUAACAAGUUCUACAGGUCCAGGAUAGAUGCUGUGCAUCCCUCUGGUUCCACGGCGGUCGUGACCUUUACUGAGUAUGGAAACUGUGAGGAGGUCCUUCUGCACAACAUCAAACCUGUCAACAUGGACUUCUGGAAGGAAGAGGCGGGGUUAGAGUACCGGCGCGGGGGCGACGGUCAGCCUAGGAGCGCCACGAGGACGCGGCCCACAGUCCUGUAUUACCAGCCGCCCAGGGCCAGGGACUGACUGACCGAUCACAGCAUGACUGGGUUACGACUGAGUCCACAAAGGAUCCCAGAGGUCGACGCAUCUGACCCCAAAACUACAUCUCUCUUCUCUAUGGGUUGCAAAAUUCCGGCAACUUUCCCAGGUUUUUCCCAGAAAUCCUGGUUGGGAAGGAUUCCAGAUAUGCUUAUUAUUCCGGAAUCUUUCAACUGGGAUUUCUGGGAAAACCUGAUGACUUUGGGAAAGUUAGUGGAAUUUUGCAAGCCUUCUCUCCUCUUCACCAAUACACGAUGACAACUCUUCCUCGUGUGUUCACUUGUGUGUCCAUAUCGAGAAGUGUGAAAAGGUUCAGGAAGAAGGGCUUGUUGCGCGAAGACGCUGACAACAAGGACUGUAGCCAAGGAACUUUGUAAAGUGCCCAGCCGCUGUACACGGGGAAGACUUGUAAAAUAGUUUAUUAGACUAAUAAAAAGGCUGCUCCUG